CGGCUUGCUUCUGGACCCGGUAGGGUAGGGGUCUUUCGGUAGUAUCCUGUGAAACUCCCUUCUUCUCUAGAACCUAUUCUUUUCUAAAAAAACAAAAAUCAAAAAAAAGCUAUAUGUUUCUCGUUCGAGCACUGAAGUAAAGUGUGAUUUGGCUAUAUCCUCCAAGACCCUUAAAGAGUUGCACCACUACCUAUUUCCAACCGCUCCGCCACAUCAGGUUUUUUGAAUUCGGUCGCACGAGAUCCUGAUAUAAACCGUUGGUGCCGAUGGGGCAGCCAAGUAAGGGAUAUCGUAUACGGUACGCCGCAUUUGCCUUGCUAGUAAAUGUCCCGCUUAACUGCGGACAAGGAUAUUGAGUGUACGACCUUCCAAAUUUACAUAUGGGCCUAGGCAUACCUUCACAGACAUUUUCAUGUUUAGUUGUCCUAUUGUCAACCCCUUCACAAUGGAGGAUAAAGAAGAAGAGGUAGAGGGAUUAUUGGGCGAAAACCUACUAGCAAACGAGUCAAAAUGGCGACGUUUACCUACAAACGCUACGUUAAUCAUAACAAUUCUAAAUAUCAUCAUGUUCCUGAUAUCACUUGCUCUUUUCUCGGCAUCAUUAAGCCAUAGGUCCCAGCUCAACUUCGAACUGCGACAGGCGUCUACUUAUAGCCCCGUAUUCGACAGAUUGGACUUAGAAAUGAGGCCGAGAGCAAUCCAAGGGACACUAUUUCCAGACAAAGACAGUGCUUCGAUAGCACGGGAGCUUCCCAAUGCCGCGGCUGAUGAGAUGUGGGAAGAAUGGGAAUUAAGUCGUUUCUAUCCCCUGAAGCGGGACGAGAUUGUGCGGAUGGGAAAGGACCCAUCGACCGUCCCAAAACUAGAAGACUCCGAGUGGGGGCUGGGCAAUGACGCUUAUGUCGGCGCCUUCGACGUAUACCAUCAGAUUCAUUGUCUCAAUGCUCUCCGACAGAACGCCUACCGCGGGUACUACAAGUUAACAACCCGCAACCACUCGGUCAUGGGUUUACCAGAGAUUCACAUCAACCACUGCGUCGAUAUCCUCCUCCAGGCAUUACAGUGUAGUGGAAAUGUGAACUUUCUGACAUAUCAUUGGGUCGCUGGUCAAGAAUACCCACAACCCGAUAUGUCAAUCAAUCGGCAAUGCAUUAAUUUUGAGAAACUUACUGCAUUUCGGAAAGAGAAUGGGCUCGACCUAGAUAAGUAUGUUCAAAUAAUGAAAAAGUCGUUACAUCCAGGAGUAAAGGAGAGACAUCAAAGCGAUGCCUACUACUAUUGGUACAAUGAAACGAACCCUAAUCAUAUUGACGGGGCAAAUCCUGGGGAAGAUUUCAACAUGUAAAUAAGUGUACGAUACUCAUGGGGUACCACAGUUGAGUAUCUGGGUACCUAUCUAAGCGGCGUGCCUUAGAAAUAUGUUAUAUACUUCUACACUACAACGCAUCUCUAUGAGUACAUGAUAUUCUCUGUCCACCUAAUGUAAGUAGCAAGACUUGUCCGUUGUGUGACUUUCUUGCUGGGUCAUAAUCGAUUUUCUUUUUUUUUCUUUUUUUCUUUUUU